UGAUUGGCCGGCGGAAGAUAGUCCUCUUUUCCUUCCUGGCUGCUUGAAGGUUGGCCGCCAUUAUGAACGACACGGUAACUAUCCGGACAAGGAAGUUCAUGACCAACCGACUACUUCAGCGGAAACAAAUGGUCAUCGAUGUCCUUCAUCCUGGGAAGGCAACAGUACCUAAGACAGAAAUUCGGGAAAAACUAGCCAAAAUGUACAAGACCACACCAGAUGUCAUCUUUGUGUUCGGAUUCCGAACCCAUUUUGGUGGUGGCAAGACAACUGGCUUUGGCAUGAUUUACGAUUCCUUGGAUUACGCAAAGAAGAAUGAGCCCAAACACAGGCUUGCAAGACAUGGCCUGUAUGAGAAGAAAAAGACCUCGAGAAAACAGCGAAAGGAACGCAAGAACAGAAUGAAGAAAGUCAGGGGGACUGCAAAGGCCAACGUUGGUGCUGGCAAAAAGCUCUGCUCCAUGUAUCUUCAUCUUAGGAUCCAGACUGAUGGAAGAGCUCCCAUCUGGGACAUGAGAAUCUCAUGGCAGAGGGAAAAAGAGCAAAGGCGGAACCUUGUGAUGGCUCUUAGAGUUCCUGCUUAGAUAAG